CCACAGAUAAAGACGCUUAUGAUCUUCUCCUGUUCGCGGUUCUUCUCAGGUCCCCGGUGUCCGUCCGCGUGAUGGCGAGCAGCGAUUGAUGAACGACUCGAACCUCUCGAUUCCUUCGAUACCAAUCCGCCGUGAUGUUCAUUGCGGAGGCACUGCGAUCGAAGGUAGCGGCUCAGCUACGGCCAUGGCUGCAAGAAGAACCAGAUAUGGAGCUCGAACUAGGGUUUCUACGAUCUUAUGGGAGAGCCAAGAACCUCUCCUUGGAUCCCUCGGCACUCAAUUCUUUGAUGGACGACUCUGUGUCUCUAGAAUUCAAAAGUUUUAAGGUUGGGGAAGUCCAUAUUCGGGUUUCUCCAUGGUCGAGCCCUUCCCUCGUUCUUCAAAUGCGAGGUGUCGAUGUAACCCUAGCUUCAAGGGAAACUGUAAGCAAGAAGCGUUCGAGUUCAAGAGAUUUAGCUGCAAGAGAGAGGAAGAAGGCAAUUGCUUUGGUCGAUCCUCAGGGUGCUUCCAUGCAUGAAAUGAUCGAAGGACUUCUGUAUAGGUCUUCUUCAGGAAAUAUAGCAAUGCCUUUGUCUGGUGUUUUAUUAAGUUGUUGUCAGGUACAACUCCAAGACAUCCAAUUAAAGUUGCAAUUUAUGAAUGCAUAUCAUGCUUGUGUGUUGAAGAUGAAUGAUAUUUGUUUGGAACCUGAGCUUCUUGAGUACAGUUCUUUCUUAAGAGGAAUAUUACACUCAUUACUUCUGCCUAGAAAGGAGAGAAUUUUAACUAUUAGUUGCAAUAGUCUGGAGUUCAGGUUGAAGGAUAAUGAUUACACAAACUGCAUCACAUCUUUGAUGGGUCUGUCAACAUGCGUCAGAUUAAAAGGUUCUCAACCACUGGGAUUUGGCGUUCAAAUAGCACAUGCAGACAUCAAAUUUUCAUCAGACAGCAUUCCUCUCCUUUUGGUAAUGUCAUAUGUAUUAUCUUCCAAAGAAUGCGAUGGUGUUAGGAACGGUCAGGAGCUCUGGAAGAUAGCUGGACAAAAACUCGGUUGUUUGACUCUUCAUAGAACUUUUUUGCAAAGAAUAGUUCACAUUGUUGUGCUAUGGUCACGAUAUGUUUGUGCCUAUGAGUUACUGCUAUCAUUGGUUGGAUAUUCUGCUAACAUGACAUUAAAAGAAAAUGUUGCUAGGGUGUCCAACAAUAGCAAAUGUUUGAAUCAUGUUAAACAUCAGUGGAAACUAAUUAAUGAACUAGAGGAGAAACUUCCUGCAGAGGCUGUGGGACGUGCACGACAGAUAGCACGUCACAGAUUAUCAUCGUGCUCAUCAUCCACUGAUUUGAAAACAUCAACCAGUCUUGUAACCACUUCAUUGUUAAGAAUUCUUGCACUCGUUUCACUUCUUUGGAGAUUUAUUUGCUUCAUGUAUCAGCUAGCUGCAGAUUUAUUUUUUAAUUUGUGCAUCCCUUGUAUGCACCGAAGAAUCAGUAGAUCGUCUGCACUUAUUCUCGGUGGUGUUUCUCAAGAUUCUGGUUUGCAGUUUCAAAUGACUCUCAGUUUAGGAGAACUCUACAUCACGCUUUCUUCUGCAACUUCUGAUCAUGAUCCUAUUAGUGGAAAAGUUGAGCAUGAAGCAAAGCUUCAUCAUGUAAACCUGCCUUCACUUUGUCUAAUAAUGAAGUGCUUGUGCUUUAACUAUACAGUCAACAGCAUUACAAAAUCAUUAUUUAGUGUUCUUGGCGAACUGAGGUUACAUCUGUCUUAUGUUUCAAGGGCUUCAUUUAUGGAUAAUGACCCAGGAAUUAAGCAAAGCUUAUCUUUUAAAGCACCUAAAGUUCGUUCUGGCAUUGAAUCUAAGAUAAUCAUGUGGAGUGACCCUGUUCGGGCAUAUGAUCCAUCAGAACGAGAUGCUAUUGAUUCUCCAAUUUCUGCUGAUAAUGCUUCAAUCUUUGUCUUGGAAAAUAAUAUUGCAAACUUGUGGUCAAAGUGGAAGAAAGUUAGUCAGAUAUAUGCAGAGAUAAAUUUUCAGCAUACUGAUCAGCCAUUUGUUCUUUGUGAGCUUCAAAACUUCCUUAUAGAUCCAUAUCUUGAUAGUGGAGAUUAUGGACUUCAUAAAUGCACAUUGACACUUGGAAAAAUGAACCUUGAUUUGGAUUAUUCAUCUAUAAAGUUUUCUUCUCUGUUGCUUGGGCAACUGCAACAUUGUCGUCAUUGGGCUACUACUAUUGGGAGAAUGCAGAGUCCGUCAUCUUCGUCAAUUGUACAUGAGGAGAAACCUGAAAUCAGUAUGGAGGAUAGGAUAAGAUCAUACACCAGUAAGCUGAAGAUUCUGUUAAUUAAUAUGAUUCCAGUCAGGAACAUCCAAAUUGGAGCAGUCAUUGGUGGACCAUCUAUUCGAAUUUUUCUACAAGAUCAGCUGUUGCAUGAUACUGAACAAUACAAGAGUCCUAUAGUUGCUCAGGAAAAGAACAAUUAUUGUUUUGUGUUUGAUCUCGCAAAUAUUGAAUUUGCUGUGUUGCCUGCUUCUAAAGCUGUUUUAGCUGCACUGACUGAAGAGUCAAGUUUCAAUGAGGUGGAUGCUGAGUAUAUUUGGUUUAAGGAACCCCGCACGUUAGACAUUUUGGAAGCACAUGCCAGUGAAAGAUAUGUUGCUCGAGGGAGGAUUGCGCUUGAUGCUUGUUUGAGAAUCAUCGGCCUAGCUGUAUCCAUUGACAAUUUAGAAGUACAUCAGAAAUCUCAUGUUGUUGGACCUAUGUCAAUAACAAUACAUUCCUCAAUCUGCAGAGAUUAUCUUCGUUCAUUAUCUGGAGAAGUAGAUGUUCUAUCAAUUAGUCUGAGUGGAAUUACUACUGAUGUUGCAGUUUAUUUAUAUGCGGAUGAACUUUUGAUUUUUCUCCAGGUUUUUAAAGCUAUGUUUUCGGCAUCAUCUGGUUUUAGCAAUUUCGACUCUGCCAGUCUUUGUUAUCCUCGAGAAUUCUUCAGUAAAUUAAUGACUUUAGCCAAGAAAUAUGAUGAUCUACAAUUGACAAAAUCUAAAGCUACUGAUGAAAAUAUGAUUAUUAAAAAUACACAAAUUUUAGUUGAUGCUGCACUCGAAUCUGAGUCAGUGGACAUCAUUUUGAAUGAUUCACGAAAUAAACAUUUGAGUUCUAUGAAUGCCAAUACGGCUUCCAGCAGUGCUAUGGACAAUGUCAACGUACCAUCUACAUGCAAGGAGAUAAUGAUGACGAAUAUGAUUCAAUUCCUUAGUUUUGGUAUUGGAGUGUUUGUUCAAAAAUCUUUUAUGCAGAUCUCAUGCAGUGGAAGUUUUGCAGAAAUGCUGAUUAAUUUUUCGAAAAUUCAGUCAGUUGUUUUCAACCAUCAAAGUUCUGUGGAAGUUGGCACUGAUAUAUUGCAGCUUAAGACCCAGCUUGAUCAAUCUUUAAAAAAAUUACAUCAAUUCUCUCUUUGUAACUGCGUAUUUAGUUUACAAGUUGGUUCUCAUGGUGGUGCCUUACCGAGUUCAUAUGAAGUGGAAAGACACUUUCUGAAUGCUGGAGAACCUGAGACCCACUCAUGUGGUCCUAAUCAUAAUGUGGAAGCAGGUCGAUUGCUUGUGACAGAUAAUCCUGGGUCCUCAUCUGGUUGCUGGAUUUUUAUGGAGAUUGAAUUUGGUGAGAUUUUAAUGGCUGAAUGUUGUAUGAAGACCCUGCUAACUGCAACACAUCAACCAAGUAUGCUAAAAACUUCAAUUUUCUUUUGUGAGGACCUCCAGACAAUCAGCUGCAAACUCCAGGGUGGUUUAAUCUUUCUUGAAACGUCAACACUGGCUAUGUUCAUUGAGUGUUAUAGACUAUAUUGUCUGCUGGCCAUGCAAUGUUUUUCAUGGGUGUGCAAUGUAUCUGGAAGAUCAUCUGAAAAAGGAGGCAUCCUGACACUUUCCAGUGAACAUAUUGUUAGAUCAACCAACUGUUCCAAUGAGGAGCACGACAUAGGCACUGUGUCCUCGGCUUCAAAUUCGGAAAAGAGGAAGAUGUUUGAACAUAACUUUGUCAAGGCACUUAGUGUUGACUUGUCUCAGUUUUCUCUUGCUCUUGUUGUUAUGGAUGGAUCAGAUGAAAUUCAGGAGCUAAUUCUAGAAGCUGAUAUGAGCCUACAGCUUAUGAGCUCUGGGAAAAAUCUCUUUUUUGAUUUAAAUCGUUUGGCAAUCUUUAGUCAGCAUGUUCAUAGAAAUAUGCUCAAUCAAACAAGAGAAUCGCUUGUGCCCCAUUUUUGCUCCAAUACAGCAGUUGCUUUGUCAUCUCAUAGUAGAUCUGGUGAAAAUAUUCUUGCUUCUCAAGUUUCAAGAAGCAUGCCUGCUGGCCUUGGUGAUGCACAUUCUGCAAAUCUUCCAGCUCCUGGGCAGGAAAUUUUGGUGGAGACAUCUGGAUUUUCUCCUUUAUACCAUGGCAAUUACAUCUUAAAGCAUCUGGCUGCUUCUAUUAAGAUCGAGAAGAUGGUUUUGAGGAAUGAACUGGGCUUUGGGCUAGUGCAGAGUGAUUGGUUCGGGAAGGGUUCCAUUUCUGGUUUUGAUUUGACAAUAGCAAUAUCUGAAAUUCAGAUGCUUUUGGCUUUGUAUGCACCUUUAUGUGGGAUAUUCACUGCAAAGGCCAGCCAGAACUUGGCGCGGAAUUUUGCCUAUAGGAAUCAAGGAUGGACCACUGAUACAGAUAAUAAGAUUACUGAUGGAGCAAUUGUGGCAAUCUGGGAUCUUCACCAACAUAUGUACUUUGCAGUUGAAGACAGAGAGAAAAAAUAUCGUUUAGUUGGUGCACUGCAUUACUCUCUUGUUGGAGAACGGGCUCUCUUUAGGGUGAGGUUCCAUAAGACAUGGAGAAAAAGAGUAUCAUGGAUUUCCUUGGAAUCAUUGUACGCCACGAACGAAGAAGGUAAACCACUGUGCCUGAACUAUAGUCCAGGAUCAGGCUUUGUCGAAAUAUCUAGCAGCAAUGGUAAAAGGUGUGCCCUUUGGCAAACCAUCCCAUAUGAACCUGAGAGUUAUGAGGAUGAUGUCGAUGAUGAUUACAUGAGAUCUUGCAAAAUAGCUUCUGGAAAUGCUUUCUAUCUAGUGAACCAGAAGAAUGACUGUGCUGUUGCUUUUGUCGAUGGCCUUCCGGAGUUUGUUAAGAAGCCGGGGAAUCCAUUCAAGGCAAAGGUGCUCAAUGAUUUUUCUCCAGCGAAUGAUGUUGGGAGGUUGCAUAUUUCUAAUUCCUUCUCUGGCGACGUUAGUGGAACAAAUGUUCAAGGAGAGUCAUCUUGUAUGGAAGGAGAGAGAUCAAAACUUGAUGCAAAUCUCCCAUCUGUAAUUAUUACCAUUGAUAAGGUUGUCUUGACCAUCGUUCAUGAAGUUUCAGAUGCAAAUGACAAGCUUCCACUCUAUAAAGGCAGCAUGAAUGAUAUUCAUGUCACCGGACAGAUAUUACCAUCCAAAUUCAGAAUCAUAAGCUCAUUCCAGAUUGCUGUUAACUACUUUGAUGCGCAAAAAAACCUCUGGAGGGAAAUUAUUUCUCCUGUUGAUUCAUCUCUGUUCUUCCGUUCUAGAUUCACACAUCAGGUUUUAGUUAACAAGUAUCAAAAAGUGCCUGUUUAUUUUUAUUUUGGGGUGAAGCAGGUGGAUAUAUCUCUAACUGAGCUCUCAUUGGAUGUACUUCUUUAUUUGGUUGGGAAAUUAAAUAUAGCUGGUCCUUAUGCUGUGAGAAGGUCGAUGAUAUUUACAAAUUGCUGCAAGCUACAAAAUCAUUCUGGAUUGAGCCUUCUUUGUCAUUAUGCUGAUAAUCAAGAUGCAAUAAUUGCUGGAAAGCAAUCAGCUUCCAUUUUCUUGAGGCAUGCAUCUUUAGCUGAUCAGUCUUCUGAAAGUAAAUACUCAGUGUCAGUAUCUCUCACUAAAAAAGGGGUUUUUUCAACCUACCCGAUUCAAAUUUCAGUUGCAGCUUCUUCUAUCUUUGCAUGGAGAACCCGUGCUGUAUCCUUUAAAGCAGAUUCAAGAAAUUUCCCUGGGCCAUUUAUUGUUGCUGAGGUGCUCAAAGCAACUGAGGAAGGGCUAUUGCUUGUCGUUUCUCCUUUAUUGAGAAUACACAACAAAAGUGAAUUUUCAUUGGAAUUGCGUAUUCGGCGGCCACAAGAAGCAGCAGGGGAAUCUGCUUCUGUUCUGCUAAGGAGUGGUGACACAAUUGAUGAUUCUAUGGCAAUAUUUGAUGCAAUCGAUAUGUCUGGUGGCUCAAAAAGAGCAUUGAUGUCUCUAAGUCUUGGUAAUUUUCUUCUAUCUGUUAGACCUUAUAUUUCUGAUCAUAUAGAGAAGUUCGGAGAAAUUGUUUCAAUAGAGUGGUCAGAAGAUCUGAAAGGAGGAAAAGCUGUUCGUCUUUCUGGAGUAUUUGAUAAGCUGAAUUACAGAUUCAGGAAGGCUUUUGGUGUUGAAUCACUAAAAUCUUUCUUCAGUACUCUGCAUUGUCCCCUUGUUACUGAAGGUCAGCAUGUCUCUAAUCUGCAUUUUUUGAUUCGGACAAUUGGAAGAGAUGUGCCUGUAAUGCAGCCAAAUGUUGGUGGUGCUUCUGAGGCUAAUACUUCACCAGUUGCCUUGCAAGUACAGAGGGAGAUUUUCAUAUAUCCAACAAUUCAAGUUUAUAAUCUCUUGCAAUCAGAAAUAGUUGUCCUUUUGACUGAGAACCAUCCAGAUCUAUGCAUGACUGGUGACUGUAAGAACAUUGGGAAGCAAGCAGCUAUUCCAUGCGGAUCAAGUUCUUAUUUUUAUGCAAAUCCAGCCUUGAUUUACUUUUCGGUUACUUUAACCGCAUAUGAUUCAAAAUGCGAACCAGUGAACAGUGGUGAUUGGAUUAAGAAGUUGCAUAAACAGAAAAGCGAGGUCCACUAUCUUGAUAUUGAGUUGGAUUUUGGAGGCGGGAAAUACUUUGCAUCCUUAAGGCUGACACGUGCAGAGAGGGGCAUAUUAGAGGUUACUGUUUUCACGACUUAUACACUGCAGAACAAUACUGAACUUUUCUUGUUAUGCUUUCCUUCCAAUCAGAAGCCUUUUCCUUGGGUAGAAUCUGGAAAGUAUAGUUCCAACCUUCCUCCAGAGCUUGGUUGCUUCUUGCCUCCUAAGUCCACCAGGUCAUGGUUUUUGAAAUCCAAUAAAGUACAUUUCAAAUCAUUGAAAGAGAAAACAUCGGGAGCAUUUCUCGAUCUGGAUAUGUUAUCUGGCUUCACUGAGCUAUCUGUGGAAGGUGAGGAUGAUAAUGGGGUGAGUUGGAUUGAAAAGCUAGGGGUGUCUGUACAGCCAUUUAACCAUGAACGAUGUGUGCCAUCACAAGUGGUAUGCAUUGUCCCAAGAUAUGUUAUAUCUAAUGAAUCCACGGAGGCCAUCAUGGUUCGCCAAUGUUAUCUGGAGGAUGGUAUGGAUGGGAUUACUACAGUAGAAGGCAAACAGAAAGUGACAGUACAAAUGAGGAAAAAUAUGAGGAAAAGGAGAGACGUAAGUUUCUUUGAUUCAAUUCUUAGAAGACACAGUAAUGGAAAUGAGGAUUGCCAUACCUUUAUCCAGUUUUGCAUAAAAGAGAAUGGAUAUAGUUGGUCUGGACCAAUAUGUGUUGCUUCACUUGGUCGAUUUUUCUUGAAGUUCAAGCGAUUUUCGGUUACACCUGCUGAUCGAUCAAAUCCAACCACUUGGAAAGAAGAUAAGUUGAUGCAAUUUGCUGCUGUCCAUACUAUACAAGAAAGUUCUAGUCUAGUUCUGCACUUCUAUAUGCCACCAGAUGUUGCAUUACCUUACCGCAUAGAGAAUUGCUUGUGCGGAAUAUCCAUCAUGUACUAUCAAAAGGACUUGAUGGAAUCAGAUAUCUUAGCAUCUGGAAAUUCAGUAGAGUAUGCUUGGGAUGACUUGAAUUUGCCUCAUAAGCUGGUUGUUGAAAUUGUUGAUAUGCAUCUUUUGCGUGAAAUAAACAUUGACAAGGUGACUGCGUGGAAACCAUUGUUUAAGAUGAGACAAAAUAAAGGGUUGGCUUUGCAAUUACCAAUGGAUAAGAGAUAUGGUCUUGAAAGAAAACCUUCUGAUGAAUCACAUGGACUAAGAGUCUUUAAGGUGGGGUAUGAGGUGUAUGCAGAUGGACUCUGUAGGGUACUACGAAUUUGUGAGCUUGCUGACAGUUACAGAGAAGAGAAGAUGCUUCAGCCUUGUGCAACUUUUCAGUUGAGAAUUUCAUAUUUUGCGGUGCAUUUUCUUGACAGCAGCAAACAGAAGGAAGCAGAUACGAGUGAUUUGCAAACAUAUUCCACGAUUAUAGUUGCAAGGCUUGGAAAUUCCAUGCUGGAUUUGUUGACCACAGAUCAGUAUAAAUAUUACCGUGCAAGAAUUCAGUCAAUAAAUGUGGAUGAAAAAUGGCAAGGAGCUCCAUUCGCAUCAAUGGUUCGAAAGAGCCAGCUACAUGAUUCUGGCUCAAAUGAGAACAUCCUUAAAAUUGUUUUCAUCCUAUGUUCAACCAAUUCUAGUGUUAAACAAGUCAAAUACUCCUCCAUCAUUCUGCAGCCUAUUGAUUUGAAAGUUGAUGAAGAAACAUUGAUGAGGCUUGUCCCAUUUUGGAGAACCUCUCUCAGCGAUUCUAGAACACAGAGCCAGCAAUACUACUUUAAGCACUUUGAGAUCCACCCAAUUAAGAUCAUAGCAAGCUUUCUUCCAGGGAGUCCAUAUGCGAGUUAUAGCUCAGCUCAAGAGACUUUGAGAUCGUUACUGCACAGUGUUAUAAAGGUGCCUGCAGUUAAUAACAAAGUUGUAGAACUAAAUGGGGUCCUCCUUACUCAUGCCUUAGUUACAUUCCGUGAGUUGCUCAUAAAAUGUGCACAACAUUAUUCAUGGUAUGUUAUAAGGGCUGUCUACAUAGCAAAGGGAAGCCCAUUGCUUCCACCGGCUUUUGCCUCAAUAUUUGAUGACACUGCUUCAUCCUCUCUUGAUGUUUUCUUCGAUCCUUCUGAUGGCUCAAUCAGUCUUCCUGGACUUACUUUAGGCAUGUUCAAAUUCAUCAGUAAAUGUAUCGACUCUAAGGGCUUUUCAGGGACAAAACGUUAUUUUGGAGAUCUGGGAAAAACUAUCAAGAUGGCAGGUUCAAAUGCUCUUUUUGCUGCUGUUACUGAAAUUUCAGACAGUGUACUGAGAGGAGCAGAGACAAAUGGUUUUAGUGGCAUGGUUAAUGGUUUACACCAAGGUAUCCUGAGAUUGGCUAUGGAGCCUUCCUUGUUAGGAGCUGCUGUAAUGGAGGGUGGUCCAAACAGAAAAAUUAAACUUGAUCGUAGUCCGGGAGUUGAUGAGCUGUAUAUUGAAGGCUACCUACAGGCUAUGUUGGAUGUGAUGUACAAACAAGAAUAUCUUCGUGUGAGGGUGAUUGAUGACCAGGUUAUCCUCAAAAACCUUCCCCCAAACAGUUCUAUCAUAAAUGAAAUUGAGGAAAACGUGAAGAGCUUUCUUGUGAGCAAGGCAUUGUUGACAGGAGAUAUUUCAACAGCUUCUCGUCCUUUGCGCCAUCUACGAAGCGAAAGUGAGUGGAAACUUGGGCCGACAGUGUUGACGUUGUGCGAACACUUGUUUGUGAGCCUUGCAAUUCAGAUGUUGCGAAAGCAUGCGAACAAAUUUUUGGUUAACAUCAGAUGGAAUGUAAAAGCAGGUGGAGAUAGAGGUGAGGCAUCUUCUGAUGAGAGCCAAGCAAAGCCUAGUAGGACGUGGGCAGUUGGUAAGUUUCUUUUGUCAGGUAUGAUUGCUUACCUAGAUGGGCGGUUGUGCCGGCACAUACCCAAUCCAAUUGCAAGGCGAAUUGUAAGCGGAUUCUUGUUGAGUUUUCUUCAAAAAGAUAAUGAAUAAGCUUUCAAAGUUUCUAUCCUCGCUUUAGGAGGGCAAUGUGGUGCAUAUGAAUAGAAAUCAAAAACAAUAAAGAGGAAAAGGUGAAAGGAUUUGAACUUUCACACUAAUGUUGAAAGAGCAGCUUACCAUAAAAAUAGUGGUUUUAUGGUAGGACAGUUUUGAGAAUGCAUAUCUUAUAUUUUA